UACGGGGUAAACAUGGCUCGUCGUUUGCUGUGCAGAGCUGUCGGUGCAUUUCAGCUCAGCAGGACAACAUCGCUGCUGACAGGGACUCGGUUUUACUCUCAGACUGAAGCGGAGCCGCUGACAGUCAGACAGCAAGACAACGGAAUCAGGAGAAUAAUACUGAACAAUCCCAGGAAGAGGAACGCUCUGUCUCUGUCCAUGCUGGAGUCCCUCAGAGAGAACAUCCUAACUGAUGUGGACAGUGAAGAUCUCAGAGUUAUUAUCAUAUCAGCCAAAGGUUCAGUGUUUUCCUCUGGACACGACCUGAAGGAGCUGACGUCAGCGCAGGGCAGAGAGUAUCAUACAAAGGUGUUUCACACCUGUGCGGAGUUAAUGACUCUGAUACAGGACAUACCUAUUCCGGUGAUCGCCAUGGUGAACGGUGUUGCCACGGCAGCUGGUUGCCAGCUGGUUGCCAGCUGUGACGUUGCCGUGGCGUCGGAGAAGUCCACCUUCGGCACUCCGGGCGUCAACGUGGGUCUGUUCUGCUCGACGCCGGCGGUCGCCAUCGGCAGAGCUCUGCCGAGGAAGGUUGCCCUGGAGAUGCUGUUCACAGGAACUCCCAUCUCAUCCCAUGAUGCUUUGCUGCACGGUCUGGUCAGUAAGGUGGUGCCAGAAGAACGACUGGAGGAGGAGACUUUAGCCAUCGCCCGGCGGGUGUGUCAGGCCAGCCGACCUGUCGUAGCACUCGGCAAGGCCACUUUCCAAAGGCAAAUGGCUCAAGGUCGGGAUGCAGCGUAUGCCACCGCCUCCAAGGUGAUGGUAGACAACCUGGCUCUGAGAGACGGACAGGAGGGGAUCCGGGCCUUCAUAGAGAAACGCAAGCCAGUGUGGAGCCAUAAAGCAGAAAAAGCCCAUGACUGAUGGGUUGGCGGAGAGGCCUUUAUCACAGGAGAUCACUGCAGUGAUCUAAUGAUAAUCCCAACUGGUACACAUGGUUUUCGGUCACUGGUGUGGAAUAAUUGGCACCAGUCCCAAGCCAGUGUUUGAGCUACACUACUAGUAAAAUGUGGACGUGUAAUUUACAAGAUGACAACGAUUCAAGUUGAAUUGUUGCGUUCAUCUUCUCUGAGGAUUUCCUGCUUUGUGCUCAGAUUAAAGACAAGCAGCUGAACCGUUAUGUGCCUUAAAAGCUACAGUGUUGAGAUGAGAUGGAAAUAUACUGUUACCACCCAGAGGACUCAAGAUGUUUAAUGACAUAACAGAGAAUGAAUGCUCCUCUCAGUGUUUGUAUAAUGUUCAAAGCAAUAAAUGAGGUUACCGAUCAGAAGGAGUUAUUUCAAACAUCCAGGCUUCUGGAAGUUACAUUCUACAUUAUUUUCUGCAUAGACGAUGGUAAUGUUAAAGCACGGAUGGACGUGAAU